AUGGAGCAGGAUCCAACAACGUUCAUGCAGGAGAUGAGAAGACAGAUGGAGGCUAUGCAGGCAGAAAUUGAGACCCUCAAGGGUGAGCGUGAUGCUGCUAGAGGGGCGCAAGCUAAUCGACAGUCUUCCGCACCCGCUGCAACACCACCUAUCGUGGAGAUGCCGGAAACAGAACCGGACUCGGAGGAAGACACAGAUCAUGCCGAUGAUAGUGAUCAUCGGGGAGGAGACCAGGACUAUCACCAAGCGGAGGAUCGUAGUGAAGCCAGCUCUCGCAGAACAGCAAACCGUUCGGCCCCUCCCGGUCGGACGAGAGCUCUUCAUCCAUUCAUCGCGAGGGUAAUGGAGGAACAAAUUCCGGAAAGAGCAUUCCCGGUCUUGGAGAAGUAUGAUGGGACAAGCGAUCUGGAGGAGCACUUGAGGUCUUUCGUUGACGCUAUGACCAUCUAUUCCCCUAGUGAAAAUGUGUGGUGUCGAGUCUUUUCCUUGUCAAUAAAAGGAGAAGCGUUAGCGUGGUUCCAUUCUCUUAGACCCAGAACGAUUAACGAUUUCGCAACUUUAAGGGAUAUGUUUGAACGGCAGUUUUCUGCCAGUAAAACUCGAAACCUGACAUAUUUGGAGCUGACGAAUAUUAAACAGGAGAAGGGGGAAAGUCUUAGAGAUUUCAUGGACCGAUUUAACAAGACCGCUCGGCAAGUAAGGGGGGUAGGCAAGAAGUUCACAAUCAGCACUCUUGCCACCGCGCUGAGGCCCUCCCCUUUCGCUGACAAUCUGUUUGCAGAACCCCCGAUGACACUUGAUGAGUUGCAAGAAUGA